CAAAACCCUAACCUGACUGUCUCCUUUCCCACCGGCGAUAACCAACCAAUGACGUCAUCGGCGUCGGAGAAGCGCUGCCUAUACGAAGUCCUCGGACUUAAACGCGAUUGCACCUCCGACGAGAUCCGUUCCGCCUACAGAAAGCUCGCUCUGCAACGCCACCCUGACAAGCUAAUAAAAUCCGGCAUCACCGAAGCCGAAGCCACCGCGUCGUUUCAGGAGCUCGUAAACGCUUACGAAGUCCUGUCCGACGCACGUGAGCGCGCGUGGUACGACUCUCACCGCUCUCAGAUCCUGUUUUCAGGUAAACGUAAUUCAUCACGUUUUGAAUCCGGUGUUCCUGAUUUGUUCAAGUAUUUCACGAAUUCCGUGUAUUCCGGAUUUGGGGAUAGAGGAAAAGGAUUUUAUAAGGUGUAUGGUGAUGUGUUUGAUAAGAUAUUCAGGAAUGAGUUGAGUUAUGUAGCCAAGUCAGGUGAGGAGGUAGAAUUGAAAGAGGCGCCGUUGUUCGGGAAUUCGGACAGCGGUCACGAGCAGGUUAACGCGUUUUACGGGUAUUGGUUUGGGUUUGCGACAGUGAUGGAUUUUGCUUGGGUUGAUGAGUUUGAUGUGAUGAGUGGUAAUAGUAGGAAGAGUAGGAGGGUCAUGGAGGAAGAGAAUAAGAAGAUUAGGAAGAAGGCGAGACGAGAGUUUAAUGAGACGGUUAGGGGAUUAGCGGAGUUUGUUAAGAAGAGAGAUAAGAGGGUGAUUGAUAUGCAGCUUAAGAGGAAUGAGGAGAAUGAGAGGAAGAAAGAGGAGGAGAAGCUUAGGAAGGCGGAGUUGGCGAGGGAGAAGGCGGAGAGGGCGAGGAUGUUCCAGGUUCCGGAUUGGGCUAAGGUGGAGGAGGUUGAGGACGAGGAGGACGUGGUGGUGGAAGAAGAGAAGAGGAAUGAGCUGUAUUGUGUUGUGUGUGGGAAGAAGUUUAAGAGUGACAAGCAAUGGAAGAAUCAUGAGCAGAGUAAGAAGCAUAAGGAGAAGAUGGCUGAGUUGAGGGAAGCGUUUGUUGAAGAAAAUGGAGAUGACGAUGAUGGUGAGGUUGAGGGUGAUGGAGAUGAGUGUGUGUCUGCUGAUGAGGUUGAAAAGGUGAAAGAAAGGUUUGAUGGUGUUGAAAUUCGUGAGGAAGAAAAAGGAGAAGAUGACCCGGAAAGUGAAGUUAAAGAAGAAGAUGGUCGGGAAAGUGAAGCGGAGGAGGAAUAUGUUGAUGUAGACAAUGGUGAAAAGGGAUUAGACGGUAAUGAGAGUGAGGAUGAUGAUGAGGAUAGUGUUUUGAAAGCAAUGUUAAAGAACAGGAAGAAGAAGAAUGUGUAUGUUGAAGUUGAAGAGGAGGAGGUAGACUUGAUGGAAUACAAUAACACGAAAGGUAGAAGAAGGAGAGGAGGUAGGAAAGAAACUGCUCAAAGAGAUGAAGACGAAGAACCUAAAGAAACUGAUAAACCCAAAACAAGUAGCAAACCAGAGCUCGGUGAGGAAUCUGACAAUGGUUCAAACAUUGAGGAACCUACUUCGUCUAAACCUUUCACAGACAAUGAGAAGAAUGAUGGAGGAGAUGACAAGCCUCGUGCAAAAAUUAAGGUACCAAAGCAAGCGGCCGUGGUCAAAGUUACCAAUAAAAAGGAGGUAAAUUCCAAAGGGAAGAAUUCGGCUAGAGGGAAAAAACAGAAGGCAUCAACAUCAAGAAGUUCCGGGCAUGAAUGUGAUACUUGUGGAGUAGACUUUGAUUCAAGGACCAAGUUAUUUAAACAUUUGAGUGAUACGGGUCAUGCCACACUUAAAUCACGUUAGUAAUGAAAUCUAAGGAAACGAUGGAAGCUUACUUUUAGACCAAUUUGAGGAGUUUGUGGGUAUAGCACCUAUUUUGUUUCAGUCUUAACCCCUAAUCCCCUAUAGAGUAGGAUUUUAUGUAUAUCCUUUUUGAAAGUGAAGUGAUGCCUAGCAAAUUAAAGUUGUUAUUGUAUCGGUAUUGAGGACAACAUUUCAAAGUCUGAUACACAUUUGGGUACCAUCUCUGUCUCUCAUCAAUAAGAAUCAAUAUUUGAUUUA